UGCUGCUGCUAUCCUGCCCGCAGCGAAAAGCGUGGCCGCGAGCAGUGGGCCAGUAGAGGGCAGCCGCGCGCCGCGAUAACCCAUCCCGUCCGCUCGUCCCGUGUACUGCGUGUUGUAGUGUGCGCGCCAUGAUGGCUGAGACCAAAGUCACCGUCACGACGGGCACCGCCCAGGUGAACAGCGACCCGGGCCCGCAGGGCGCCAGCCGCCUGCCCUUCGGCAUCAACGUGCCCUACUUCAGGACCACGCCCGGCAUCAUCAAGCUGGUGCAGCUGGUGCUGGGCAUCGUGUGCAUGGCAUGCGCGUCACCCGCCCUGCUGUCGGGCACCCACUGGUUCCUGUUCGUUGCCGCCGUCAGCUUCACAGCCACACUCAUCUGGGUCUUCGUCUACCUACUCAACAUUCGCGAGGCCCUCAAGCUGCCGAUUAACUGGAUACUCACGGAACUGCUGAACACUGCACUGAUGACGCUGCUGUACUUGAUCGCAUUCAUUGUGCAGCUUGCCAUCUGGUCUGAGUUUCACUACUCCUCCUGGAAAUCCAGUAAUAUUGCUGCUGGGGUGUUCGGAUUGUUCAACUUCCUGGCCUAUGCUGCAGGAGUUUACUUUCUCUUUGUGGAAUGGAAGAACAGCAAGAGUGGCAACUAGUAAGAUGAUGGUUGCAGUGACUGAGACAGUGCUUAGGCUCUGUGAGCCCCAGAUUUGCUGCCUGGUCUGUACAGAUGCUAGCUCCAAGGGAGUCAAAGCCCUCAUUAAGUAAGCUAUUUAUUGUUCAAAGAUAGUGGGCUUGCUGGAAAUGUAUGACCAAUGAUAACACAGUGACUGUUUUAGCAUUCUCAUUAAAUCUUGUAAUGCUCUUUGCUGCAUUUUAAACUGUUAAAGGAACAAAACAUAUUACAACAGCAUAAGUAAAAUCAUUAAGAUAAGUAAAUAAAGUAUAUCAAAUCAAAAUAAUCAUUUAUUUCACUUUUAAAAUGUAAUGCAUAUCAGAAAUUCAUGUCACAUAUUAAUCAAUGUUUAAUACUUGGCUAGUUAUGUCUCAGUUAAGUACACACAUCAGAUAUUCCAUCUUUAAGCAUAUGUAGGUGUCAGUGUUGCACAUUGCUGAAUUACUUUGUACAUAUUGUUAAAAAAAUUAUGUUUCAGUGAGGCAGUGGUAACAAGACAAACUGUAAAAGAACAUUAAUACAUAAUGUUGUAUCAGUUUUCAGACACAUCAUGUACAAUGUAAAUUAUUGUUACUUGUGUUGUAAAAUGAUAUUGUUUACAUAAUUAUGAAAAGUGGCUUUAUUCUUCACUUUAUGGCUCUUGUGAAGUCUGUAGAAAUUUAAAUGCCAUACAGGAUUCUGUUGUCGAUGAUAUGUAAUAUGGAACCUGUUAUCACCUUGCUAAUGUCUAGAAACACUUUUUUAUCAGACAAAAACCAUCUACAUUUUUCUCAGUGUUUGUGUGUCUGUUGCAUAAAAUAUGAUUACAUCUUUGGUUAUGAUAUAAAAAUUUAAUGUAGUAAUUCAAAAACAGUAUUUCAGUCAGUCAAUCAAGCCAGUAUUUGUGUUAAUACUUGUAAUAUCAUAAGAGCAAUCACACUCAUACAUAUUUGAUUUCAUUUAAUGCCAGUGUAAAUAACUCCUGUUAUACUUAUGUAUGUAAACAUUAUGAUAAUUAAAUUUUUUUGAACAAA